AUAGCACUCUAGAUGUCGUCUCCUGCACCCUUCCAUCUACUCAAACUUCCAACUGUUGUUCUCUCUGACGUAUUGGAUCAUUUGAAAAUAAGUGAUAUAUGCAUACUUCGCGCAACAUCUCGAAAAAUUAAAUUUGUUUUGAAACAAUCUAUAGAGCGCGCGAAAAAGCGCCAGAGUGAGGACGAACGCUGGCUUAGUUUAAGCAUUACUGCACGGCAAUACUACCUUGAAUCCGAAUGUGAAGUUAUCUUCUGUAGAAAUUUAACUGAUUGUGAGGACAUUAGUUUAUAUAAGGGAAGAGAUGUUAAUCGAGUAUUGGAAACAAUUUUGGACUUUCUAGAGCACCUAAAAAUAAACAAAAACCUUGAUAUAACAGUUCUUUAUUACUUAGAGGGGGAUAUUCAGAGUAUAGUUGAACUUAUUGCAAGGAAAACAAUAAAAGUUAAUCACUUGAAAUUUACCGGAGAAGGCAUAUCAAAGCAACUUUUUCGGGGCUUACUUGAGAGCAAAGCGAAUAAUUUGAGAGUUUGUGUGCAAAGACCGCAUGCUAUAGAAUUAAGUGAUAUUGAUGAUGAUUUGAUUGAUUUGAUGAUGUGUUCUUCGUUUGUGACACUAGGUAGGAUCAACAUCAACAGUCUUCAUUUAAACCUACUCCUCAAGAAAUGGAAGGAAAACAGUCAUCUAGAAUAUUUCUUAGCACAAAUGGAAUCGCACCUUGAUAAAUCCAUCAUUCUUGAAGGGACCAACUCUAGACAACAAUCUCAGGAUGAUCGGUUUCAUAGAUUUGAGAAUUACGAAUAUCUCACAUGCAACAAAGGAACGGUUUCUGAAUUAACAAUUCUUCCGGAUAGCUUCCGUCUCUCCGUUCCACCUUGAAACAAUAUAAUUUUGAUUGCUGAUAAUUUAUAAAAUAAUCUACUUUGUACUCCAAUAAAGCUUGUAUUUGU